UCACACAGUGACACCAUGGGCCUCAACUACUACGCUUCUGCUCCUACCGUCGUGCUCCCAGCGCAGCCUGCGCAUUCCCACUAUGCACCCAAUCAGCGAUCCAAUUCCCCGGGCAUGUACCGCCCCAAGUACCCAACUCCGCCAUCCCUCAACUACCAAGCCGCUGUGUCCAAUUCCACGGCUGGGCGGAAACGAUCCAUCACCGACGUCGACGAACCCGAAGAGAACCGCCCUGUUGGAGCAGUGGUGACCCAGACACCUCAAAAGCCCAGAGCAGAGCCCGUCUUUGGGCCAGGCAUGACUCUCAUCUACCCUGACGAUCCUGGCUUCAGCAUUGCUGCCGAGUCGCAAACCGGCACAUGGUGCGAAGAAAAGAACGAACAACUGGAGAAAGCAGUCCCGGCGGCCCGUCCCAUCGCUGUCUCCCGCAAGUCGCAACGCAUGGAUUCUGCUACCGACAUCACAAUCCCAUCUCUCAACGACACGGCCGCUCAGCAGUCGGGUGCCGUCAUUGACGAGCACGGCCACACCAUCGACGCGCUCAUUACAUCGCUCGGUGUAGGCUGGAAGAACAUCAUGACCAACCCUGUUCUACGCGAUGCAUCGCGCGCCUACUCACGCGUCAUUGAGAACCAUUUCGAUCUCACCGAUGCCACUGUCAUGCUCGAGAAGGAAUCUCUCUCCGCCUACCUCGUCCGCGCCAAACAGCAUGGCGUUCAGGGCUACUGGCUCUUCUCAGACAACCUUCAAUGGUGCCAGUUGGUGGGAUGGUCGCUCGACCGCACAGUCCAAAACCUAAUGGCUGGCCCCGUUCCGCAAGUUGAAGGAGAGCGCAUCAACGCGCGUGCGCGCACUCCGUCUGAGCCCGCAACUCCUCCUUCCCUUGGCAUGGACAUCCCCGUUGCAGUGGCCGACAUCGAUGCCAUGGAAAUGUAA